AUGGCAUCAGAAGACUUAUUUCCACCGCCCCAGUCCCAGACGCCUAGACUUCAGGGCGUUCGUUUUGACUAUGACACUGAUAAUCAAAAGAAGACUCCUUUUACAAUUGUGGACUGCAAGCCAUUUCUUUACAGAGACAUUGAGUGUAGGGCCAAAGAAGAGGAUAAAAUAGCUCAACAGAAUUUGAAGGUCCAUGAAAAGAGCACAUUUUCAUCACGAGCAAAGUCUCGAGAUUCUGUGAGAAAGAUGGACUCAGUCAUUGAAAGAGAGACCCGGGCUACAAUAGAUAAAGGGUAUAUUACUUCUGGUCCCAACUGGGCUCUUACUUUUGCAAAAUGUUGCCAAAGUGACAAACAGUCUUUAACAGAUUAUAUCAAGGAACAGAAGGAGUUGUUUCUGCUACAGUACACAGUAAAAGUGAAAAAACAAACUAUAAAGAAGCUGGAGAAAUUAGCAAUGCAAGCCGAGAAAGAGGCCAGCUCUGCUGAAGCAAAGCUCGAAGACGAUACAAUUGCAUUUGAGGAAUUUCUGAAAGAAAACGACCGAAGUUCUGCAGAUGCACUUAAAAUGUUAGAAUCACUAUUACAGUUAAUGUUUGUUUUAAUUUUUGAUCUACCAAAAACCGUACACUUACAUCUCUGUAAUAUUUCCAUGUUACUUUUUAGUGCAGCCCAAGAAACAAAAUCUAAAAUGGAAAUGGCAGCAGAUGUAAAGUCUGCUAUUAAUGAACUCUUCGCUAUUAAAAGUGAAAUUGCAAAUGCCGAAUUCCUUCUCAUGGAGAGUUUAUAUUAUGAAGAUUUUUUGAUGAAACUUUCUCCUAAAGAAUGGCAAGAAGAACAGAGAACAAAAAAGUUGAAAGCAAGAAUAGACAAACAGAGAGAAAGAGAGAUCAUGCAGAGAGAAAUGAUUACAUGUGCUUUCACUCCACACCAAGAAAAAGAAAGUGCACGCAAAGAGAAGAUAAGUUCUUCAAUUCCACGCCAACCACACCACGGUUCUAUUUUUUUAAAGCAAAAUAGACUCUAUGCAGCAAGUACAGACAGGCGCGUCAGCUCCUUUGAGAAAAGUGCUGGACACAAUAGGAAAGCAUCAGCUCUAAGUGCGAGUUGUCACCAGAGAACAGCGGUGCAUGAUAACAAAGAAAAUGAACGCAGGUCUUCUAGAAAGCUCACAGAAGCAGACUUGGGUGAAGAAGUGAAAAUGUUAAUUUGCUUUCUCCAUCUUCCUGUGUACAAUAAGAAGAAAAUAUAUCAAGUAAGAGAGCAAAUGAAAAUAAGAAAUGCAAUUAUAACAGAUACCUACAUACCACAAUGGGAAAGCGAAAGUGAUUGUGCAAUUCAUGAAGAUUCCUUGAAAGACUUGGACAUGGAUAUGGUGCCAGAAAUAUAUUUCACAGAUCCAAAACAGUUACUUCAGAUCUUCACAGAGUUAGAGGAACAAAAUCUUGCAUUAAUCCAAAAUAACCAAGACUUAGAUGAAACUAUGGAUGAACUUGAGCAGAUGGCAAAAAUUAUAAAGGCAAAACUAGACGAAAAAGUAAGUAUUGUUGUAGGACAUAAAGAAAUUCUUAAAGCUGCCUGCAUCAAUGAAGAGGAAAAAUGCACAGAUUUGGCACUAAGAGCUAAAAUGUUUUCUUUUGGAGAGUUUAAUCCAGAAAUCCAGGACAAAAUGCUACAUUCACUUACUAAAAAGGUUGCAGAAGUGUACAGAGUUAGUGUUGGAGAAGUAGACACAUCAAGCAUUAAUUCCAUUCAGAUGUUGAGGAGAAUAGAGAAUCGAAUUGAAGAACUGUGUGAAGUGUUGGAGUCAGUUCCAAAAGAAAAUAUUGAAGCAAUUGAGAAAAUUAAGAUGAAAGACAGAAGGCAAAGGUUACGUGAAGAAAAAAAGAAACAAGAAACGAAACUUCAGGAAGAACGACUGCAGUGUUCUCUGAAAAGAGCAAUUGCAGCACCAAAGAAGAAGAUGGGAAGAAAGCUGGUAUUUCGCUCACAGCCUCCAGAGAUUAGAAAGAAGGAGGUGUGCCUGAAAGAGAUCAACACAAAAAUGCAAGAUGAUAUGUUAUUUUUCACUUGAGUUUAAAAGUAGUUGCACCUCCUUAAAGGGGGUGUUGCAGGUAUAUCUUCCUACUUAGUUCAUCUAGAGCAAGAGAUUAAUAUUCUGUGCUAUAGUUUAACAGAAUUUACCAACAAAGAGGAGUUUAUCACUAACAUGCAGGGAUCCAUAGUGUAAGUAGUAAACCUACUUUGUACAUCAGAUGUGAAAAAAAAAACCCAGAAUGUCUUCAUUGCUUGUUCAGUAACACCUAUUACCACUAUCAGCAGAGAAAAAUGCCAUUCCCAUAACUGCUUCAGUACACUCCAGUGUAGUCAGCUUAGAAAGACAGCUGUUUGCAACAGUAAAAAAAAGCCUCAUUGACUUUUGAGCUGUUCUAUAAUAUGACUGCAGUGCAAUGAAAGAGAUAGGACACCCUUUGCUACAUAAAGUGAUUUGCCACAAUCCUGUUGAUAUGCACAACUUUAAAGAUAAAAUUUACCAUGAGAAGCCACUUAGAUGCAAGAGUUCACCUUUAAGAAUAAAGUAGUACACAUAUUAGUAUUUUAAAAUGUCAUUUCAUCCUAUCAACUAUGUAAUCUUAUUUCAGUUUCAGACUGAAAGAUUUCCUCUCUAGCAUUAAUCUUGCAACAAUCUUUAAAAAGUUUGACUUUAAAUUAGAUGAGUUUUUAUAGUUCAAAGUU